AUGCUGCACGCAGAUAACUGGACGAUUCGACAGCAUGUACAGAUCGAAACAUAUCAGUUUCAAACACGCCAGACUGCCAUCCGAGAGGGCCAGUGGCGCGGCGAAAGUCCACUCGGCCGAGAUCCUAAUGGUCUGAAGCUCGGAAUUCUUGGCAUGGGUGGUAUUGGAACCGCAACCGCAAAACGUGCCGCGGCCUUCGGCUUUGACAUCCAGUACCAUAGCCGGUCAGCCAUUGCAGGAAUCAAAGAAACAAUCGGUGCGCCAGCCCGCCACGUCGGAUUUGAGGAACUUUUGCGCACAAGCGAUGUCAUUUCCGUCCAUGUACCUCUCAGCGAGUCAACAAAAGGCUUGCUAAGUGACCCCGAGUUCGCAUUGAUGAAGCCAGGAGUAAUUCUUGUCAACACCGCGCGAGGCCCGAUUGUGGACGAGGACGCUUUGGUGAGGAAUCUUGAGUCAGGCAAGGUCUGGAGCGCUGGGCUGGAUGUUUACGAGAACGAACCAAACGUUCAUCCGGGGCUGCUGAAGAGCUCUAAUGUCGUACUGCUUCCCCAUAUUGGCACGGCGACAGUUGAUACUCAAAAGCGAAUGGAGGUUCUAGUGAUUGACAAUGUGAGGAAAGCGGUCACAGAGAGCAAGCUAUUAACUCAGGUCCCAGAACAGACAGCCUGA